GUCAGGACAGUCCCGCCCCCACACAGAGGACAGUGAAACAUGGCGUCGUUGAGGUGUUUCUUGCGUUCAGGAAGGAAUGCCGUUUCAGUGGUUUUGCGGAGGGAGUUUCACAGGACGCCGCCGGCUGCUGCGCAGAUAACAGUCAGAGAUGCCCUUAACCAGGCCAUGGAUGAGGAGCUGGAGAGGGACGAACGGGUUUUCCUGCUCGGAGAGGAAGUUGCACAGUAUGACGGUGCAUAUAAAGUUAGCAGAGGCCUUUGGAAAAAGUAUGGAGACAAGCGCAUCAUUGACACACCAAUCACAGAGAUGGGAUUUGCUGGUAUUGCUGUCGGUGCGGCCAUGGCGGGUUUGAGGCCCAUCUGCGAGUUCAUGACUUUCAACUUCUCCAUGCAAGCCAUUGACCAGGUUAUUAACUCCGCUGCGAAGACGAACUACAUGUCUGCUGGGUUGCAGUCCGUUCCAAUCGUGUUCCGCGGGCCCAACGGAGCGUCCGCCGGUGUGGCGGCCCAGCAUUCCCAGUGCUUCGCCGCCUGGUAUGGACACUGUCCCGGACUAAAGGUGGUCAGUCCCUGGAACGCCGAAGACGCUAGGGGGCUCCUCAAAUCCGCCAUACGGGACGAUAACCCUGUGGUGUUUUUGGAGAACGAACUGAUGUAUGGAGUACCGUUUGAGAUGUCCGAAGAGGUACAAUCGAAAGACUUCCUCGUACCCAUCGGGAAAGCAAAGAUUGAAAGACAGGGCAACCACGUCACGCUCGUGUCUCAUUCACGAAUGGUCGGACUGUGUCUCGACGCUGCUGCAGUUUUGGCCAAGGAGGGCAUCGAAUGUGAGGUUAUCAACAUGCGCACCAUCCGACCACUUGACACUGAAGCCAUCGAGACGAGCGUCAUGAAAACCAAUCACCUCAUCACUGUAGAGGGGGGCUGGCCUCAGUUCGGAGUGGGAGCGGAGAUUCUUGCCCGACUCAUGGAGGGUCCUGCUUUCAAUUACCUCGACGCCCCGGCUGUUCGAGUCACCGGCGUAGAUAUUCCAAUGCCAUACGCCAAGAUCUUGGAGGACAACAGCAUGCCACAAAUCAAGGACAUUAUCUUCUCCAUCAAAAAGACGUUGAAUGUUUAACGCAUUAUCUCCCUAUCAAGACAACGUUGAAUAAUAAAUACCGCAUCUGCUCUCCCGUUUCUACAUCGGUGAUCGGUGAAUAGGAAUUGCUCUUAUAUCUUGUACAUGUUUUUCUGUUACACGGGUCUUUCCUGUUUCCGCAUUGGUGCCGUCACACUAAAUUAAAAUGUUCUCAUUUUGACUAAAAAAUGAUGUCAUACCAGACAUAAAUUACGGCCAUAAACAAAGAACCAUGUGUAUUAUUAUUAUUAUUAUGUAAAUUCUUUACCUGAAAAAUAAACUUUUAUCACAAGGGC